UGUUGAUAACUCGGUCUACAACUACAAACAAAGAGUACAAAACAAGAUAGACCAGUGCCAUGUCGUCUCAGACCUACAGAUCAACACGUGCGAGCGAGCCACAGUCGUUCACCUUUGAACAAGCUGUCCUGAAGGGACUGGCAUCUGAUGGUGGUCUGUUUGUUCCCUCCGUGAUUCCACAGCUGGAACCAGACUUCUUGAGCAAGUGGAAGGACCUGUCGUUCCAAGAGUUGGCCUUCAACGUGCUGAGACUGUACAUCUCGUCCUCCGAGAUCCCAGACGAGGACUUGAAGCAGCUCGUGGAGAAGUCGUACUCGACUUUUAGACACGAUGAGGUGACUCCGAUCAACACCAUUGACGAGAAGAACGGGCUGUACCUGCUGGAGCUGUUCCACGGUCCAACGUAUGCCUUUAAGGACGUGGCUCUACAGUUCGUCGGUAACCUCUUUGAGUACUUCCUCAGCCGUAAGAACGAGGGCAAGCCAGAGGAGGAGAAGGACAUCUUGACCGUUGUUGGAGCCACCUCUGGUGACACCGGCUCUGCUGCUAUCUACGGUCUCAGAGGCAAGAAGGACGUCUCCGUCUUCAUCCUCUACCCUACUGGGCGUAUCUCUCCGAUCCAGGAGCUUCAGAUGGCCACCGUGCUCGACGACAACGUCCAUACUUUAUCUGUCAAGGGUACCUUUGACGACUGUCAAGAUAUUGUUAAGCAGAUCUUUGGUGACGAGGAGUUCAACAAGAAGUACCACAUCGGUGCUGUGAACUCCAUCAACUGGGCCCGUAUCCUUGCCCAACAGACCUACUACUUCUACGCAUACUUCCAAUUGAUCAAGCAGUUGGGCUCAUCUGAUGUCAAGGUUCGCUUCACAGUGCCAAGUGGUAACUUUGGUGACAUCCUCGCAGGCUACUACGCUAAGGAGAUGGGCCUACCAGUGGAUAAGUUGAUCAUUGCCACCAACGAGAAUGACAUCUUGGACAGAUUCCUCAGAUCAGGAAAGUACCAAAAGGAUGCCGAUGUUAAGGCAACGUUGGCUCCAGCUAUGGAUAUCCUCAUCUCUUCCAAUUUCGAGCGUUUGUUGUGGUACUUGGCCAGAAACAACCUGGCCUCUUCCGAUGAGGAGGCUGGUAAGACCAUCAACGAAUGGUUUGCCGAAUUGAAGUCCACCGGUGGAUUCCAAGUUCCAUCAAGUGUUAUCGACGCUGCUCGCAAGGACUUUGGUUCUGAGAGAGUGGACGAUUCCCAGAUCAAGGAAACCAUCAAGAGAGUCUACUCUGAGAACCCAAACAAGUACGUGCUGGACCCACACUCUGCUGUUGGUGUCGAGACCUGUUACAGAGCCAUUGGCGAGGACAAGGCUGCUGGAGUUCAAGGUGUCAAGUACGUCUCCUUGUCUACUGCUCAUCCUGCCAAGUUUGCUGAUGCCGUUAACGAUGCCCUUGGCUCUUUUGAAGGCUACUCUUUCGAUAAGGACGUCUUGCCAGAUGAGCUCAAGGCCCUGUCUAACAAGGAGAUGAAGAGAAUCUUUGUUGAAAAGGCUGACGUUGAAUUGGUCAAACAAGCCAUCGUCAAGGAGUUGUCUUGAUUGCUUACGGUUUGAACAGAGGAAAGCUCGUAACAUAAGUAUACUAAAUAUCAUCCAUCAUGA